AUGCAAAUAUUGGGUCAUAAUUUUAAACCUGGCGAAUCUCGUCCAAAACCACCGGCUAAUGCAAAUAAUAUUUUUGAUAAUCUAAUUUACAAAGAAUUUAUCAUUAGUGGCAUUACUCUUGUUGAUGU